AUGACAGGUGCUACAAGAAAUAGCGACAAGUGGGUACUGGUCACUGGUGGAGCCGGCUACAUUGGAUCACACGCAGUGGCUGAGUUGAUCGACAGUGGUUACAAGUGCGUGGUGGUGGACAACUUCAGCAACUCAUGCUAUGAGCCUAUUGCGAGACUACAAGUGCUGAGUAAAACCGAAAUCCCAUUUUUCAAAGUGGACUUGAUGGAUGGGCCCGCUCUGGAAAAAGUCUUUGAGCAGUACAAAAUCGAUUCUGUGAUUCAUUUCGCUGGGCUCAAGGCCGUUGGGGAGUCUACCAAGAUACCACUCACAUAUUACCACAACAACAUUACGGGACUGUGGUUCUCCUGGAGACGAUGAAAAAGUUUGGCACAUACAAGCUCGUAUUCUCGUCGUCAGCGACAGUAUACGGCGAUGCCACCAGGUUUCCUGACAUGAUUCCCAUCCCUGAGGAGUGUCCCACGGGCCCUACCAACCCUUACGGAAAGACUAAGCUGGCCAUUGAAGAAAUUCUCGAGGACUUGCACACCAGCGACCCCGAAAAAUGGCGGUUCGCAGUUCUCCGAUAUUUCAACCCAAUCGGGGCACAUCCUUCGGGUCUUAUAGGCGAAGAUCCUCUGGGAAUUCCCAACAACUUGCUGCCUUCCAUGGCUCAAGUUGCUGUGAAAAGAAGAGAAAAACUGUUCGUCUUUGGUAACGACUAUAACUCUCGCGACGGCACUCCCAUACGCGAUUACAUUCACGUCGUAGACCUGGCUAAGGGCCACAUUGCUGCUUUAAAAUAUUUGGACCAAGUGAACGACAACCAGGGUCUGUACCGGGCGUGGAAUUUGGGUUCCGGAACCGGAUCCACCGUGCUUGAAGUCUACAAAGCUUUUUGCCAAACGUGUAGUAUUGAUUUGCCAUAUGAGAUUGUGGGACGUAGAGCUGGUGACGUGCUGAACCUGACUGCCAAGCCCGACCGGGCAACAAAGGAGCUCAAGUGGAGUACGCAUUUCAAGGUCGCAGAUGCAUGCGCAGAUCUAUGGAAUUGGACGACAAAUAAUCCAUUUGGAUAUCAAUUGCUAGGUGUUGUGGAUACCUUCUUUGGCACGCCAAAUGAGUAUGAAUCGCGACUCGUAACUAUUGGCCGCGGUUCCGGGUUUGAAGUCUCGCUGAGCAAUUUAGGAGCCAGCAUUGUGGAUCUGAAGGUUGAUGGCAAGUCUGUCACACUGAGUCUCGCGAAUGAGUCAGAGUAUCUCGAUGACCGUAACCCAUACUUGGGCGCCACCGUGGGACGCUACGCCAAUCGCUUACGUGGCGGCAAAUUUAGCAUUGCGGGUGCUGAGUAUCAGUUAGACUUGAACGAAAGCGGCGCUGCAGUUCACAGCUCGUCCAGUUCGUAUCACAAAAGGCGCUUCCUUGGACCUCUUGUCAUUAAUCCUUCAAAACACAGAUACACUGCGAAAUUUGUGCUUUUGGAUACUAAUACGCAAUUCCCCGGAGACGUCUUAACAAAAGUUACUUAUGAGAUAGACAUCCAGGCUAAGGAGCUUACAAUUGAGUAUGAAGGAGAACUUCUGCGUGGUGAGGCUACCAUAAUGAAUCUUACGAACCACACAUACUUCAACCUUAACACAUUCCAAAACACUGGAUAUGAUGGCACCAAUGUAAAGAUCCUGUCCGAUCAAGUUGUUGAGGUUGAUUCCAAGGGUUGCGCUACUGGCAAAAUUACCAAGGUCCCUGAUGUCUCGGCAUUAACGCUGGCCAAAAACGGACCUCAAUUUGACACUUGCUUCGUUACCGGAAGCAAACCUUCUAUAGACACUCGCAAAAACAGUUUGAAGACUGUUUUGCAAGCUUACCACCCAGAGUCAGGCGUCAAACUUACGAUCUCUACCACCGAGCCCAGCUUUCAAUUCUAUACCAAGGGACCCGGUUUCUUGGAAGAGUAUGGAGAGAGAUUAGGUUUCUGUUGUGAGCCUGGUAGAUUUAUUGACGCUGCGAACAUUUCAGAAUGGAAAAGUGCCGUGACUCUUACAAAAGAGGAGGUUUAUGGGUCCAAGAUUUCCUACAAGUUUGACUAG